GAAGGCUUUCAAGAAUGUAAUGGAUGUUUUGGCCCGGGUUUGUGAUCUCAGGGCUUCGUGUCUGCCUUGGUUUGGAUUUUUCUGAAAAUACUGUUAAUGCCACGAUGCAGUCUGAGCUCCAGGAAUAGACUUUCUGUUUGCUCCACUGCUGGAUUUGAUWGGUUACUGUCUAUGAGAACACUUUGACAGGAUGGACUCACAGGAAGGGGAGGAGCCUCCUCCAAAUGGAUCCCAAACAGAUAGUCGUCUAAAGAGCAAGAAGCCCCCCAGCCUCGUCAUCGCCAUCCCUCCGCCCGAGGACAUGACGUCCAUUGAUCACGACAAACGGCCUCUUCGACCGUCCCUGAAGAAGACCGUAAGCGGUCAAGCAACCGGUUCCACAUCUGAGAGCCUGAAUGGAGAUGGAGGAAACACAGCCAGAGACAGAAGGGGGAAGUUUGGUAGACAAACGUCUCUUUCACAGAGCAUUCGCAAGAAUGCAGCCGAGUGGUUUGGAGUUGGUGAAGACUGUGAGACGAAGCAGCAGGUAUGGCACAGGAAGAGCUUGCGCCACUGCAGCCAGCGCUACGGCAAGCUCAAGGCCCAAUACAGAGAGCCCGAGUCAGCCUUGAGCUUCGACCAGGGUCUGGAUUCACCAGCCGCCCCCAAGUUUCCCAAAAUUGUAGAYCCCCUGGCCAGGGGUCGAGCUUUCCGUUGCCCAGAUGAGAUGGACAGUCGCUCCCCCAGGACACCUCACACUGCCCUGGGUUUUCCCGCCACACCAGGGGUCACCUCACUCAGCUCCUUCACCAGCCAGCGCUCAGGGUACACCCGCCUGCCCCCACGAAAGAGGGAGUCUGUCGCACGCAUGAGCAUCAGAGCUGCGUCCAACCUGCUGCGGGGUCGCAGUGGUUUGGCGGGCUCGCAGGUGGGUCGCAGUUUCCCUCGGAGGAGCUUUGUGAGGCCCAGCUGGAUGGACGAGGACACGGUGGACUCUGCAGAYGCAUCAGUGUCAUUGUUCUUUAGCAAGGGUGAUGUCCAUGAUGAGAUGUACUCUAUGGCCGAUGAUGUUUUUGAAUCACCUCCUUUGUCUGCCUCCAUCGCUCCGUCUGCGCAGCCGGAUCAGAAAUUCCCCAGCCUUAAGGACGUGUCUCUGACUCCCAAGACGCCCUCCAAGGCGCCUGAAAAAMCCCACCCUCGCCGUGGUCGCCGCAUCGCCUCCCAAGUGAAGCACUUUGCRUUUGACAAACACAAGCGUCAGUACGGAAUGGGAGUUGUGGGGAAGUGGUUGAACCGGAACUACCGCCGCAGCCUCAGCAGCAACAUCCAGAAGCAGCUGGAUGACUUCCACAGCCACAGGCCCUACUUUACCUACUGGAUUACGUUUGUUCAUGUACUCAUCACACUGCUGGCCUGUGGCACGUAUGGUUUUGCUCCUGUAGGUUUUUCACAAAACUCCAAAACUGAACUGGUGCUGAGGAACAAAGGCAUUUAUGAAAGUGUCAAGUUUGUCCAACAGGAGAACUUCUGGAUCGGUCCRAGCUCCGAGGAUCUGAUCCACUUAGGGGCAAAGUUCUCCCCCUGCAUGCGUCAGGACAAACAGAUCGUCAACCUGAUCCAGAAAGCCAGAGACCUGGAAAGAGACUCGGGUUGCUGCAUUCAGAACGACAACUCCGGCUGCGUGCAGACCCUCAGAGAUGACUGCUCGGAGACCCUGGCCACCUUCAUGAAGUGGGAAAAUGAACACGUGGACAUCCUCAGGUCUUCUGGCUCCGUCUGUCAUCAGGACCCCAGAGUGUGUGAGGAGCCGGCCUCUGCAGAGCCUCAUACGUGGCCUGACGACAUCACCAAGUGGCCGGUCUGCACGUAUCCAAAAGACUGGAACUACACUGGCUACAGACACAUGGACUGUCAAAUCAAGGGGAGACCCUGCUGCAUAGGAACUAAGGGCAGAUGUGAGAUCACAACCAGAGAGUAUUGCUCUUUCAUGCACGGUUACUUCCACGAGGAGGCCACGCUYUGCUCACAGGUCCACUGUCUGGAUGAUGUGUGCGGCUUGCUGCCUUUCCUGAACCCUGAUGUUCCCGAUCAGUUUUACAGACUGUGGCUGUCCCUCCUCCUCCAYGCUGGGCUCUUUCACUGUGUGGUGUCAGUGGUGUUCCAGAUGACCAUACUGAGAGACCUGGAGAAGCUGGCAGGUUGGGUUCGCAUCUCUCUCAUUUACAUCCUCAGUGGAAUCACCGGUAACCUGGCCUCGGCCCUUUUCCUGCCCUACAGAGCUGAGGUGGGUCCAGCAGGCUCUCAGUUCGGACUCCUCGCCUGCCUCUUUGUUGAGCUUAUUCAAGGCUGGCAGAUGYUGGAAAAGCCGUGGAAAGCCCUCCUCAAACUGGUGGGCAUCGUCUUCUUCCUCUUCCUGUGUGGCCUCCUGCCGUGGAUCGACAACAUCGCCCACAUCUUCGGCUUCCUCAGCGGCCUUCUGCUCUCCUUCGGCAUCCUGCCCUACGUCACCUUCGGGACCUUCGACAAAUACCGCAAGCGCAUCYUCAUCGUCGUGUCCCUGCUGGCCUACGUGGGGCUGUUCUCCUCGCUCAUCGUUUGGUUUUACAUCUACCCCAUCAACCUGCACUGGCUGGAGCACCUCACCUGCCUGCCCUUCACGAGCAAGUUUUGUGAGAAGUACGACAUAGACCAUGACAUUGCCGAUGUGGUGCACUAGUCUUCAGGCGGAGGAUAACGUCCUGCUCUGCUGCAACCUCUGAGGGGAAUUAAUUAUUCCAGGUUCAUCUGUUGCUUUCAAGUAUUUGACAAUCAUGAUUGUUAUCAUUUCCACAACUAAAACCAGUCUUUUAAAGAAUCCUUUAGAAGAACAAAGACAAACAAAUCAAUCCAGAAGUUUACUCACCGAUAAACACACAAACACCUCCAGCCCCCAGUCGUUUUCCCUUUAAGUCUGCAGGUAUUAAUCAGCUGUGAGUCAGUAAACAGGCAUCAGAUGCUUCCCAUCAGUACUACUACAAAGACGAUUUGUUCUGCUGCUUCUUCAAACACUGAGACCCGUUUUAAAAAUGGUUUAGUUUGUUUAUCUUUUUCUCAUUGCACGGAUGCACACAUCAUGUAAACAUUAACACCAUCCCAUGUAUUCCUGUAACCGCGCAGCUGGGUUACUUUAAAAAAAAAAAAGAUCAGCGGUCAGCUAAGAUCUGAACCACUGGCUGCCUUAAACACACUAUGCCGUUUCACAGAGAUGCCUCCACGUAUUUGUUUGAACUGCUUUUGAUAAACUUUGUGAGUUAAAGCCAAACAUAUUUUGUGGCCCGACCCGACCAAAGCGACUUGACUUGAUUUUUUUUUAAAUGCUUAAAAAAAUUCCUGUUUUCAUCUGCUGCAAACUUUAUUAUCCUUUAAAUGUGUCAUUUUGUUUGUCGGUGUGACUGUCUACACUUUAUGAAACAUUAUUUUAGGAGACCUUUAUCAAAUCAGGUUUUGUACUGUAUUUUCAGGUAUCUUUUUUUUGUACCCCAUCUUUCUUUUCUUGCGCCAUGAAAAUAAACCUUCCAUGUUGCUGUUUUUAGGCGCUCCCUGACAAUGUGACCCUUGGAACGGUAGAAACGUUUCUCACAUAUUUCAUUUUAGUUGUUAUUUAGUGUUUUGGUAUGUGCCCCCCUCGACCCUGCAACCCCACCAGCGGCUUAAAAAGCCACACAAAAGUUUCAUGGAGGAUUAUGUGUUUAGUUACUUGAGUGAGAUUACGGGGGGUUUGUCAGGGGGGUUGAUUUACAGGAAAACAAGUUGUUUGAAAACUUGUUUAAAUAGGAUUUUUAAAUGAAAAAAGAAAUCUCGCUGUGCCUUCUAUGAUGUAUGUGAAAGAUUGAGCUGAAUCACAACAGCGCACUGUCGUCUGCAGCUACACCACUGUGUCUGUCUGGACCAAAAGUUCCACUUUUGUUUUAUUUAUUGGGUGAAAAAAGGGAAAAGUUUCAGAUAAACUUAAAUAAAUGGCCAAGUUAAUGAUUGUUGGUUCUGUUUUAGAAAAUAAUGCAAAUUGAAGCAGUGAUUUUUGAAAUAAAUACACUAUAAACACUGACAUUUUCUCAUCUUUGAAGAUCUGGAGCUGCUGGUUUUGAUUCUUGGGUAAAGGGAGAUAUUGUGCUUAUAGAACAGUGGUUCCAAAUGUUUGGGUCGGGACCCACAGAAGGGUCCCAAAACAUCACUGUGGGAUCUUGACAAGACUUUCAGAAUUAAAUACAUUUAAAAUGAC